GAGCCUGGCGCACUGCGCAUGUCACAACCGCAGAGGAGAGGAGUCUGUGUAUUGGCUGCGACAGAUUCGUCACCAGCUCCCACGGUCAUGUGAUCGAAUGAAAACUGCGCACAGGGGGCACCAUGAACGGGUUAAACCGAGGAAAAACAGCAUUGUAUCUCUGCAAGGACAUGUGGGGGCGCAGGUCGUCGUCAUGGCAAAGACUACAGUCCCCACUAUAAAGCUUGUUUUGUGCUAAGCCGAAAGAAUCAUGGGUAAUGUAGUUCUGCAAACAUCAACCUUCUAUCACACCGCAGCCCCUGAAACUCCAUUUCCCAGUAUGCAGCGGGCUCCUGUGUGCGGAGGCGAGAGAAAGGGGAGGAGGCUUCGGCAGUGUACCCGGCGCCCUCUAGUGCUCGUAUGUGAAUACUACACCUGUAACCUGUCAACUGCAGAAGAGAUCGGGGCUGAGAGGAGAGCAGAAAACACUGAAUUACUCAGUCUGGUGUACACAUGCUGACAGCGAGAAGAAGGGAGCAGUGCCCCUUUGGACAUUAUAGAAUAUCCUACAAGAACUAGUUGGUAUGAAGAGCUCUGCACGUUCUUUAAAUGCACAGAACAAACAGGGAAGUCAUGGGACAGAGAGAGCGAAAGCCAUUCCGACUAUUGCCUUUGGGAUGAGAACCUCUAGAUCAACUAAUUCACUUGCGUUUGAGUCCCGACUAAGUAAGUUAAAAAGAGCAAGCAGCGAUGACAUGCUUACAAAGCCAGGGGGCAGCGCAGCCAUCACCACAUCCAGACUAAAGAAGACUAUUACAACCGGAGGCAUAUCAGAGCUGUCAGAGAGCAGGUUCAGGACCAAUACAGGGUUGUCCGCAGCAAGGAGGACUGGUAUACCUACUCCCCGAGAACUGCCUACCCAAAUAACAAGAGACAGAACAACCGUGCGUGUUCCGACCCCUACAGCUAAGAAAACACUACCCAGCCCUACAUCUCCCAGCAAUGCUACGCCUAAGAGUAUCCGUGCUCCUUCAAAGCCUAAACAAGAAAAUGAAUCAAACACCAAAUCUGGAUUGGAACUGCAGGUUAAGGAACUCUUGGCGGAAGCAAAGACUAAAGAUUUUGAAAUCAGCAAACUCCAAAGUGAGCUGCAGAAAUGCAAAGGCCCUGAGAUCCUGAACCUUCUGGAUACAUCUGUGGAAAUGCAUCUUAUGCAGGGCAGUGACCCUGAAUUAUUGAUGAAAACUUUGCAGGACAAGAACAUAGCUUUCCAGCAAGAGCUGAGUUUGCUUAGGCAAGAAAACAAGGACCUAAAAGAGAAAUUAAAUUGUUUUGAACAGUCACCCCUCUCUGAUACCAUUACCAGCAAUGGGACAGAUAGCAGCCUCAUUUCUCCUUCCACACAAGGUACAAGCAUGGGGAAUAAGGCAAGGAGUCCAUUGGUUGGUGGGUCUGAAAUCAAUCACUUGCCUGGAGAAGUAAGCGGUUUGCACAUAUCAGGUUCUUCAAGUAGCGAUGUCACAAAAGCAUCCCUUUCACCAGAUUCAGAUUUUGAGCAUAUAUCUGAUGUCCCUUCUAGACCAGGUUCCUCAGGAAGCAUUCCAUGCCAAGGCUCUAAAUGUUCAACUAGUGGUAGUUCCCCAAAUAAUGUAAGUGACCUUUCUGUAGCAUCCUUGACUGAAAGGAUACAUAAAAUGGAAGAAAAUCAGCAUAGCACAGCAGAGGAACUUCAGGCUACACUACAAGAACUAUCUGAUCAGAAUCUCAUGGUGCAAGAACUUACAAUGGAAAGUGAGAAACUAGUGGAAGAGAAAGCUUUUCUGGAAAGUUCCCUACAGCAACAACGACAGAGAGCAGAACAGCUCAGUCAGGAAAAUGAGAAACUAAUGACCCUAUUGCAAGAAAGGUCAAAGACGGAAGAAGCACAAGUCCAGAGCAAGUUAUUUGAGAUGGAGAAGAAGCAUACAGAACUGGUUGAACAGUCUCAGUUUGAAAGAGAAAAGCUGCUCAACAUUCAGCAACAAUUGACAAGUAGCCUGAGGAGUCUUGAGAAGGAGCACCAGGAGGCUCAAGUCAUGAUAAAAAGACUGAAAGAAGAAAUUGGUAAACUACAAAAUCUAUUGGACAUUGAGCGAAAAGAAAAAUGCAUUGUGUCCAAAGGUGUAGAGGACCAAAAAGUAAUAACAGAGGGUCUAAAAAUUGAAAUUAAUUGUUUAAAGGCUCAACUGGAUGGAGAGAGGCAAAAGGUACCCGAAAUCACACCAGUAGCAACAAGCAACCCAGAGAACUCUCUGUCUCAAGAGGGGCUGAAAACUGUCCACGUGGACAAGGAACACCUAGAGCUAACAUGCUCAGAACUUCGACAAGAGCUCUUGAAGGCCAACAGUGAAGUGAAACAACUCCAGUGUCUUCUAGCUAAGGUGGAAACUGAAUGCCAUGACCUGAAGGAGCUUGGUGACCAGAGGGAAGAGCAGCUGAAAUCUAUGAACGUGAAGCUACUGGAGAAGAGCUCUGAGAUUGAGUCUGAGGUAAAAGACAUGAAGGACACCAUUUUUGAACUGGAGGACCAAGUGGAACAACAUCGUGCUGUUAAACUACAUAACAACCAAAUAAUCAGUGAUCUGGAGAAUAAAGUGGAUAAACUGGAGGAACACAAACAAGAUCUGGAAAGACAACUGAAGCUCCUCAACAAACAAAUGAAGGAGGACUCCGAAGAAUGGAAGCGGUUCCAAGCGGACCUGCAGACAGCAGUAGUUGUGGCAAAUGACAUAAAAUGUGAAGCUCAGCAAGAGCUACGUGCUGUGAAAAGGAGGUUACAAGAAGAGGAAGAAAGGAGUGCCCAUCUUCAUCGGGAGCUGGAAGACAUGCGAGGGAGCAGAAAGUUAUUGAGUGAAGAACCUGGGGACGGAGUUAACAGUAUCAGAUGGCAGAGCCAUGGAGUGGGUCAAGUAUCAACGACUUCCAAUGAUAAUCCAGCUACCGUCAAGUCCUUAAUCAAAUCAUUUGAUGUGGGUCCCCAAGGUGGUGGGAGUCCGAAUAUCCCAGUGCAUUCUGUCCCCCGCAGUCCACUAAGUGGGAUUCCUGUGAGGACAGCUCCAGCAGCAGCAGUAUCUCCUAUGCAGAGACUCUCGGCUUCCAGCAUCGGCAAGCUUUCAAGCAAAGACACGGAGAAGCAAUUAGAUAUAUCAGAUAAACUGAAAGGACAAAGAGAAGACCUGACUCCGGAUAGGUUCCCCCGUAAGAGUCCCUCUUUGGAAUCACUUAAUACUCACACAUCGCUAAAUUUUGGAUCGAGAAAUUCUUCACCUUUUGCAUUGGAUUCGCUGUCACCCCAAAGUAAACUCAGUGUGGAAAGAAAAGACCCCUUAGCUGCUUUAGCCAGAGAAUAUGGAGGCUCCAAAAGAAAUGCUUUGUUGAAAUGGUGCCAAAAGAAAACAGAGGGUUAUUCGAAUAUUGAUAUAACAAACUUCAGUAGCAGUUGGAGUGAUGGCCUGGCUUUUUGUGCCCUGCUCCACACGUAUAUGCCAGCUCAUAUCCCAUACCAUGAACUCAACAGCCAAGAUAAGAAGAGAAAUCUUAUGUUAGCCUUUCAAGCAGCGGAAAGCAUAGGAAUUAAAGCCAGUUUGGAGCUCAAUGAGUUGAUGUUCACAGAUCGCCCGGACUGGCAGAGUGUGAUGCAGUACGUGUCUCAGAUCUACAAGUAUUUUGAGACCUAAAGGAAGGCUGUGAAUUAGAAGACUGUUACAGAGGAAGCACACAUUCACUUUAUUGAUCAGGUCUAUCUGGAUAAAGAGCAGAGCUGCAUACUGUAACGUCAAUGUGUGGAAGUCACUUGCCUACACGUUGAGUUCAUGGAUCCUGGUGCUGACUGUAUGACGUACAACAUCUCAGUCCUUACAUUAUUACGUGUGGGGGGUUGGAAUGCUGCCCUCAAUAUACCCUACAACCUCCACCAUCAGCCAAUGGCAUGGAUACCCUACAAGUCCUACAAUACUGCAGCAAUGGUCCUUGUGAAAGUCAAUACUAUGUAUGUCUGAGGUUCCUGAUCCACCAAGUCCAAGCUUGGGGGAAGCUUCAUUAAAACCAAUGAUGGACAUUAUUUUCUGCAGGUCACAGAAAAAGUGUGUAUGCAUUAUAUCUCACAAGAAACCAGGAACAUUUGCCAUUAGAACACUAUUAGAUGGAUUGCUGAUGUCUCCUAUUACACAGCAUAUAAGGGUGUUGGAUGUUUGUAAAAGAAUCAAUGUAUGUAGGUGAAUGGAUGUAUCACAACCACGAGAGGACACUUAUUUGGUGAUGGGCACCUGAUCUGUUUUGCAUGAGAUGCACAUCUUCAUAUUGUACAAGAUAAUCUCUUGUCCUAUCUUAAGUGCCAUGCUUUAGUAACAGAAACAUUUCCUAAUGUAUUAACCUGUUCACUACCAGCAGUCGCAGCAAGAGGCUUGGAAGCGGAUGCAAUGAAGUUUACUUUCUUGAAUAACAUAUGCAAUUCCCAUAAAGUAAAAGGAUCAGUCUCACUGCCUGUUUCUUACAUAACCCACGUGUGAAUAUUACCAUAGGUGUCAAUUGACAGGAUGGUAAUUCCUUUGAAAUAAAGUACAACUAAUAUUAAAUAGUCUGCACCUUCUUU